GCCCCCUCUCAGUGAACUUUGUUCACGCAGUAAAUGGGUGUGUUUGCUCUGUGUGUGGCUCAAUCCUCAGAGAAAGACAGGACAUGGACUAAAGUUUGACACGAUCACUACAUCUGAGCCACAGGGCUUAUAAACCUCAGGUAAUACAUUGGAGAUGGAUGACUUUUGGGCAGGAGUCCUUUGGGCAGUGAAGAUUUGGCUGUAUCUCAUUGUCAGCCUCAUCAUGUUCCCAGCAAUGUUUGGAUUCUCUCUGGGCAUCUCUGAGACCUACAUGACCAUCCUGGUCAAAACUUUAGAGUGGGCCACUCUGAUGCAGAAGACAAAGACAGAAGAACAAACAAUCAAGGCUUCUUCUAAUGGUCUCAUUCAGAGGGAAGAUGGCUCUAUGGAGAAAGAGUUAGAGGAACUUAGACGCAGUAGGCCCAAACCAUCAGUGGGUGGUGACUUUACCCUCAGCGACAGUUUCUAUUUCACCAGACGGGGAAUUGAGAGCAUUGUAGACGAUGAGGUGACUCAGCGGUUUUCCUCCGAGGAGCUGGUGUCAUGGAACUUACUGACUCGCACCAACAAUGAUUUUGAGUACAUAAGUCUCAAGCUGACACUGGUCUAUGGCCUCGGUAUCUUUGUGAGAUACUGCAUCCUUGCCCCACUCAGGAUUACACUUGCCGGCAUUGGCCUGAGCUGGCUGGUAAUAGGAACAUCUGCAGUUGGAUUACUUCCAAACUGGAGGAUAAAGUUCUGGCUCAGUGAGUGGGUCCAUGUGAUGUGCUACAGAAUCUGUGCCCGAGGACUCUCAGCUACUAUUCGCUAUCACAACAGAGAAAAUAGGCCUAAAAAAGGAGGAAUCUGUGUUGCCAAUCACACCAGUCCUAUUGACAUUGUGAUCCUCUGCAACGAUGGCUGUUAUGCUAUGGUGGGGCAGGUUCAUGGAGGACUGAUGGGGGUUAUUCAGAGAGCCAUGGUAAGGUCUUGUCCUCAUGUCUGGUUUGAAAGAGCAGAGAUGAAAGAUCGCCAUCUAGUGACCAAAAGGUUGAAGGAUCAUGUUAAUGACAAGACAAAGCUUCCCAUAUUGAUUUUUCCAGAGGGAACCUGCAUCAACAACACAUCUGUUAUGAUGUUUAAAAAGGGAAGUUUUGAAAUUGGAGCAACAAUAUAUCCAGUUGCCAUUAAGUAUGACCUAAAGUUUGGAGAUGCUUUCUGGAACAGCUCCAAGUACAGCAUGGUGAGUUACCUGCUGAGGAUGAUGACGAGCUGGGCCCUUGUCUGCAACGUCUGGUACCUGCCGGCCAUGCACCAGCAGGAGGGGGAGGAUGCUGUCCAGUUUGCCAACAGAGUGAAGUCGGCCAUUGCUCGCCAGGGAGGGCUGGUAGAUCUACAGUGGGAUGGAGGCCUAAAGAGGGCGAAGGUGAAGGAAACGUUUAAAGAGCAGCAGCAGAAGAAGUAUAGCUCCAUGGUGGUGGGGGAUGACAGCAGCAACAGUGACUGAGUUCGUGUUUAAGCAUAAUGAACGAAUUAUCUUACUUAUUUUUGAAGAGUAUGCAAUCAAGUGGAAAAAGUCCACUCUGCUGCAAUGAUUUUCACACAAACUGGGCCUGACAGCAAAUGGAGUACAGCAAAUGGACUUUAAAUACUGAAAUCUUGACUGAUUUACAGAUAACACAAGUGCAAUACUGAACAUUGUUAAAGCAGAGAAAGGGGGAAACUCUGUUUUAAAACUGCUUAAGUUAUCUAAUGCUGUGAUUGAAUCAUAAAGCUGAAAAUUUGCUGUAAAUGACAUCUGUGGUUAAACUUGUUAAACUUGUUAAAGACACUGAAUUAAUGAAUUUGUCUUUCCUUUAUAAAAAAGAAUAUGAACUUACAAACUGCACACCAGUGUGUUUUUUAAAAGCUUAAAAGUAUUUUUAUACUAUUUGUUAGAUAAUAUGAAAUCAUUUUAAUUAUCUUCAGUUUGCAUCAUGUAAAAAAAUACUGAGAUUAAUGUGAUUUAAGCAUUUGAAAAUACACCUGUGCAUAUUUAGAUAUUGCAGUUGAACUGUAAACUAAUGAACUGUAAUGAGCACCCAACUAUGUCACAUUUUUUCCAGCUGACAGCUCUAUGAACACUCCUUCAAACUGAAAUUAACCCUGACAAACAUAUGGCUCAUUAUAGCUAUUCAAACAGGAAACUUGGCUCCGUCUUGAUGUUUGUUCACAGAGCUGCAAAGCUGAAUCAUCGGCAAAAAAAACCCCAGAAACAUUUAAUUUAAAAGUUUAUUUCAAACAUGUUCUUUUAUUUACAAUAUUUACAUCUUCACAUUUCAUGUCUGAAAAGGAGUAGGCAGAAUUAUAAACUUAUAUAGCCCUACCCCAUUUCUAUAAUACACUGUAACACUCCAACUCUAUCACACCACUCAAACUUCCUGCUUUACAAUAAAAAAUAAU